AGAGACGAGAUUAGAUAAUGGAGUUUUGACGUUCUUUAUCAAUUUAUUUGUAUUUGCCGUUUAAUUUAUUAAAUGAUAGUUAGUUAGAAGAAAUUGUAUUAUCAUUAUCACUGACGUGGAAGUGCGAGGACCAACGGAAAGACAAUGGCAAGUGUUGAAAAGCAAAAGGAUUACAUUGAGGGGGAGCUAACAAGGCUCAUCCUUAGCACAAACGAUGAAUUUUCCGGUUAUACCCUCGUUGAGAGUAAAGCAACGACAUCGCCCCAACUCGAUGGAUUUAUGGCAAUUAUCUUUAAAUUAGCCAUUACUGUACAGUGUGAAAAGACACUAGAAAAGAAAACUUUUUACAUGAUUGUGAAACUCAUGAAGGGAUCAAAUGAUUUUCGUAAGAGGACAAUGUCGUAUACACAAUUUGGAAAUGAAGUGUAUAUUUAUGGGAAAGUCAUUCCGGCUUUUAGGAAAUUCUUGGAAGGCAAGAAAACAUCAAUAGAAUGGGAUAAAUGGGUGCCAAAGGUCUAUCACAGCUACUACGGGGUUGUUCCUGCUCUUUCUGAAAUUCCCGAAACGGUUCUUGUUCUGGAAAAUAUCACCCCAUUGGGUUUUAGGAAUCCCACAUCUCGGCUCGAAUUGGACAUUGAUCAUUUGUUUCUCAUGUUGAAGCUUAUUGCUCAGUAUCAUGCGGUUAACUAUGCAAUGAGAAUACUGGAUGAGAAGCAGUUGAAUUCCCUCGCAGAAGGAAUAGUACCUCUUGUUUUUGAAGGAAAAGGUGAAGAUGGGGAGAAUCUAUUCGAUAUAAUGCACAAAAUUGGACUAGCUCGCCUGUUUGAAUUCCUUGAUCGACGUCCCGAUAUCUACAAGGGAAUCAUGAAGGAGGAACUUGAAGUUCUUCGAGAAAACUAUCUCAAUUGCCCCACAAAAAUGUUGGAUCGUCUUCGUGAGGAAGACUAUCCGUACUCAAUUAUCCUGCACGGAGAUUACAAUCGGAAUAAUGUUCUAUUCCGCUAUGAUGACGCAACAAAGAGACCAGUAGACGUACGAAUGAUUGAUUUCCAGGAAGUUAGAUAUGCAACACCGGCAAUUGAUUUGUCCUUCUUCUUGUUCAUGAACACUUCUGCUUCUGUGAGGGAUAGCUAUUGGGAGGAACUCUUUCAGGAGUAUCACUCAACGCUUUUCCUGAGCCUUAUGGAAAUUUUGGGCUGUGAUGAGACCGAUAAAAGAUUGAAGCCUUUUAUGUUUUAUCCAUUCCACAAACAUUUUGCUCGUCAUGCGAUUUACGGGGUUUUUAUAACUGCUCAUUUCCUCCCCUGGAUGGAUUGUUCAGAAGAGGAAUGUGAACAUUUGACGUAUCAUUUUGAGACAGAUAUGAAGAGUCAGGAAUUUUGGGAUCUCUCCAUGAUGGCUGGUGGAGAUAAAACCAAUGAAAAGAUUACAAGUGUCGUUAAACAUGCCAGCGACAAUGGAUACUUGCGGUUCCUUCUUGAGGAGAAAACUAAAUAAUUUGGUGCCUUUCAUGCUCUUUGAGAGCAGAUUCAAAUAGAAAAUCUUUUGGGGUGUAGAAUUUUAUCAUUUUAUCAAUUUGUAAUCAGUUUUCGAUAAAUAAAAUUAAUCGUUUGCAACAUU